CUUUGCUCUGUCACUUCAGACAGUUACAACCUAGAGAGCAGGCAGGACUAGGGGAAGCACUGUCCACUGUCGCAACAUCCUCUGGGACACACACACAUCCUCCAAAAUGGAACCAGCAGCAAUGAAAGAAGACCUGAGGCUCUUCCAGAGCACGCUGCUUCAAGAUGGCCUGAAGGAACUUCUGAAAGAGAACAAGUUCAUUGAUUGCGUUCUGAAAGUAGGGGAUAGGAGUCUGCCCUGCCACAAGCUCAUAAUGGCAGCUUGUAGUCCUUACUUUAGAGAGCAUUACUUCCCAGAAGACAGCAAAGAGACCAGCAGCUCCAGCAAUGAGGUUGUGCUGGAAAACGUGGAUCCAGCCAUCAUGGACAUGAUUGUGAAUUAUCUUUAUUCUGCAGAAAUAGACAUUACAGACGAGAACGUACAGGAAAUCUUUGCAGUAGCUAACCGCUUCCAGAUCCCAUCUGUAUUCACAGCAUGUGUCAACUACCUGCAGAAGAAACUCUCCAUAGGAAACUGCCUGGCUAUCUUCAGACUGGGGCUGGUGCUGAACUGCCCCAGACUGGCUAUGGCCGCUAGAGACUUCAUAGCGGAGAGAUUUGAGACCCUCGCCAAGGAGGCCGGCUUCCUUGAGUUCAACCCUCCUGAACUGUUUGCCAUCAUAGGCAGCGACUCUCUCAACGUGGAGAAAGAGGAAGUGGUAUUUGAGCUCCUGAUGAAAUGGGUAAAAAAAGACAAGGAGAACAGGGUAAAGUUUUUAGGAGAUGCCUUUGAGCACAUUCGCUUCCGCCUGCUUCCAGAAAAGUAUUUCAAGGAAAAAGUGGAAAAGGACGACAUCAUCAAAACCGAUCCUGAGCUGGUGAAGAAACUCACAGAGAUUAAAGAUGCUUUUGCUGGAAAACUUCCAGAAAAUAAGGAAGGAGACAACAUGCCUGGUUAUCUGAAUGACAACAAAAGGCUUGGCAUGUUCACGAAAGACUUUAUCCUCAUGAUUAAUGACACAGCAGCCGUGGCUUAUGACCCGAACGACAACGAAUGUGCUCUGGCAGCAAUGGCUGAGCAGAUACCCAGAAAUCACGUCAGCAUCACAAACAUGAAGAAUCAACUGUAUGUGGUCGGUGGGCUCUUUGUGGAUGAGGACAACAAGGAUUCACCACUGCAGUGCUAUGCCUAUCAGCUGGACCCUCUUACAUCAACGUGGACUGCUCCCCCAUUGCCUUCUCCCAGAUGCCUGUUUGCACUUGGUGAAUUCGAGAAUCUCCUGUUUGCUGUUGCUGGAAAAGAUUUACAGAGCAACGAGUCUCUUGACUCAGUUAUGUGUUAUGACACAGACAAGAUGAAAUGGACAGAGACCAAAAAAAUUCCCUUAAGGCUACACGGCCACUGCGUGAUCUCACAAAAUGGACUGGUGUACUGCAUAGGAGGAAAAACAGAUGAAAAUAAAACCAUCAACAAGAUGUUUGCAUAUAACCACAAGAAGGCAGAAUGGAAAGAACUGGCUGCAAUGAAAACACCAAGGGCCAUGUUUGGGGCUGUUGUUCACAAAGGGAAGAUUGUUGUGGUUGGAGGAGUCAACGAGGAUGGGCUGUUAGCGUCUUGUGAAGCUUACAACUUCGGAACCAACAAGUGGGAAGCCUUUCCUGAGUUUGCCCAGGAGAGAAGCUCAGUUAAUCUGGUCAGUGUUGCCGGUAUCCUGUACGUCGUGGGUGGCUUCACCAUGGUGGAGAUGGAGAAUAAAGAGUGUGCUCCUUCCGAGGUUACCGACAUUUGGCAGUAUGAAGAGGACAAGAAGCAAUGGGCUGGAAUGAUCAAAGAGAUGAGCUAUGCCUCUAGUGCUUCCUGUGUUUCUAUGCGACUUAAUGCUGAAAAAAUGCCCAAACUAUAAAACAGCCAGCAGGUUCUGUAAUGGUUUAGGUGUAAUGAUACGUUUUUGUCCAAAAUGUGUAUUCUAAAGGGAGUUCGAUGUGCACGGCCGUAUGGAGAAUACACAGUAUUACGGUAAAAAUGGUAGUUUUACAAGCAUCCUUUCCACCCGGAAACCUUAUGCUGUAAUCCGGUUCAUGUGCAUGGUAUUGUGUGAACAUUAUUGUUUUUGAGAGCACUGUUAUAGUAAAUACAUUCUGUUAAUUUUAGAGCGUAUGCAAUGUGGAGAAACACACUUUUUUAUAUAAACACCAAUGUCGUAUUUACAAAAAAAAUGUAUAAAAAUAAAAAUAUAUAUAUUUGGGGUCAACAA